AUGCCUCGGGAAAUCAUCACACUACAAGUAGGGCAAUGCGGAAACCAAAUCGGGGGAGAAUUUUGGAAGCAGCUUUGCUUGGAGCAUGGCAUUACACCAGAAGGAACUUUACGAGACCCUUGGGAAUACACUUCUACUGCUGCAGCAGCAGCAUCGGGUGGAAAGGGUCAAUGGAAUGCCAACAAUGCUAGCAAACCCCCAAUCGUAGAUGAUCGUAAGGAUGUCUUCUUUUAUCAGAGUGAUGAUGAUCAUUACAUCCCAAGGGCAUUGCUGAUUGAUUUGGAGCCUCGGGUGGUCAACAAAUUGGCUCAUGUAGGACCUUAUCGAAAGUUAUUCAAUCCAGAAAACUUGUUUAUAGCGCAAGAGGGAGGUGGUGCCGGAAACAACUGGGCGUCGGGGUAUCGACAAGGGGAAGAGCAUUACGAACAAGUUAUGGAUAUGAUUGAUCGGGAAUCGGACAAUAGUGACUCCUUGGAAGGCUUUAAACUAUGCCAUUCCAUUGCUGGUGGAACAGGGAGUGGUAUGGGAUCCUAUCUAUUGGAGCGGCUGAAUGAUCACUUUCCAAAGAAACUUAUUCAGACAUACUCUGUCUUUCCAAGUUGGACGGAUCAAUCGGACGUGGUGGUACAACCAUACAACUCACUUUUGACCACCAAACGAUUGACUCUCAAUGCGGAUGCCACCGUCGUGUUGGAUAAUACUGCACUGAACCGAAUUGCAACGGAGCGUCUAUGUCUGGAGAACCCCACAGUCGAUCACAUCAACAGUCUCGUGGCCACGAUCAUGGCAGCUUCCACGACCACGCUCAGAUAUCCGGGAUACAUGAACAACGAUUGGAUUGGACUUUUAUCAUCUUUGAUUCCUACUCCGCGAUGUCAUUUUCUCAUGACAGGAUACACGCCACUUACUCUAAUUGGUGAAUCUACUAAAUCUCGUGCUAUGGAUUCUGAACAAGGGAUUCGCAAGACUACGGUCUUGGAUGUCAUGCGACGAUUGACUCAACCAAAGAAUAUCAUGGUUUCCGCCAAUACACGGUCCAGAUCGGGUUGCUAUAUCUCCAUUCUCAACAUUAUUCAGGGGAACGACAUUGAUCCAACACAAAUCCACAAAGCAUUGCAACGAAUGCGAGAAAAACGACAUGCCGAAAUUCCGUUCAUUCCGUGGGGACCAGCCAGUAUUCAAGUGGCUCUGGCACGGAAAUCACCGUACUUGCCACAUAGGCACAAGGUCAGCGGACUAAUGCUCGCCAACCAUACGUCUAUGGCCGAACUGUUUGAGCGGAUGCUCAAUCAAUACGAUCGCAUCAAAUCACGGAAUGCCUUUCUAGAAAACUAUCGAAGAGAAGCCAUGUUUGAAGAGUCCCUGGAUGAGUUCGAUGACUCCCGAGAAGUGGUACAAUCCCUCAUUGAGGAAUAUCGAGCUUGCGAACGACCCGACUAUGUCAAUUUUGGAAUGAAUGACAGCAUACCAGGAACACCAAACUUCGCCUCUCCUCAAAGAUAA